AUGUCGUACCUGACGGAGGAAGAGGAAAAGGAGCGGAAGCGCGAGGAGCAGCGACGUUUGUCACGGCAGCAGAUCAUUGAACAUGUAAAGAAAAAUCUCCUUUAUACCGCCUUUGACGUGAAGUGGGUGCCGCAUAGUGCAUCCUUUGCCGUGGUGGGUCAGUAUCCAAACAACCAAGGCGCCAUAUCACUUCUGCAGCUCAACAAGGGUGAGCUAUGCACUCAGUGUGACGUCAAGAGCAGGAUGCCUGUAAAAUGUUGUACCUUUGGCCACAACGCAUCUAACUGGCAGUCGAACAUAACCCUCUGCGCUGGGGAUUUUGCCGGGGGUCUGUACCUUUGGGACAUUGAACGGCUUGACACUGAUCCCAUCUUUGAAGUACCACAUGCACACGAGAACAUUAUCAAUGCCGUUGAUGGUGCACAACACACCGGCCCACCAGAGAUCGCGAGUUGUGGGCGGGACGGCUGCGUAAAGGUGUGGGAUGUGCGUCAGUCGAACAAACCAGUACUUGCGCUGAACCCCGCCAACCCUGCCCUGGCUCGUGACUGUUGGACUGUUCGCUUUGGGAACAGCUUUGACCCUGAUGAGCGCGUUGUUGCAGCUGGUUACGACAACGGAGACGUGAAGCUGUUUGACCUGCGCACGCAGAAGAUGCUUCACGAGUUUAAUGUGGGCAACGGCGUGUGUGACUUAGAGUUUGACCGCCCGGAUAUCAACAUGAAUAAGCUGAUCGUCUCCUCAUUGGAGGGCCGCAUCCGCGUGUACGACCUGCGGACGCUUCAUCCAAAGCUGGGUUACGCGUACGUGGAGGAGCGGGUGUCAAAUGGCACCGUGUGGUGCACCCGCGCACUACCGCAGAACCGUGAGGUGUUCAUGUCUGGUGGCGGCGGGGAAUUGACGCUAUGCCGGUACCGUUACCCUCCAGAACGCACGCUGCGAGAUCCUGAGGGUGUGGCGAAGGGUGUUGCCGGAAGUGUUGAGGAAUUUAACAGGGCGAAGGUGGGAGAUCAACCGAUACACGCGCUUGAUUGGAACCUCGCGAAGGAAGGUUUGCUGGUUUGUGCCUCAUUUGACCAGAGCGUUCGCGUUGUGCUCGUGACGAAGCUAUCGCAUCUGCAGUGA